GCCUGCGCCCCCGGAUUAAGGGGUGUGAAGCGAGAAGAGAGACAGGCAGCAGUCAGGCGAAUAGGAUCGCCAAUUUUAAGCGAAUUGCGGCAGGAAUCAGCCUAAUCAUGCGUCCGCUGUCGAAUCGACGCUAAAAUCGCUGGCCGCUUCGGCCUGUCCUGAUUGCGGCUGUGCUGAGAUGGUAAACAUAGCAAAGCCAUCUCAGAGGUCUCUCAAUCAUGAACAGCAGCGUAGAAUCGAGCUCAAAUGCAUUGAAUUAGAAGCCAUGCUAGAGGAGCAAGGAAUGACGCAAGAAGAGAUAAACGACCGAGUGCAAGUGCUCCGCAACACCUUGACGGAGGGAGAAAUUUCACGCCAAAUGAGCCAGAUCGUUGACAGGCCAACAGUUGUUUCAGAAACACAGGCCGAGGUACAGAAGCGGGAAGUUUUCGUGGAAACCAUGGGGACGUCUGAGGCGAUCGGCAGCUCAAACUCUUCAAACAAAACGAGUCCAAGCACCUUUGUUGACGCAGUGGAUCCAAAUGCCUUGGUCCUUCCCAUAAAAUCGAAGAAACGGAAAAGGAAGUCUCGGGAUAGCUCUGUCUCGUCGGAGCGGAGGAGAAAGUACUCGAAAAAGAGCAAGAAAAGAAGUUCCUCCGACACCCGGGAAAAGUCUCACAAGAAGGCAAAAAGGGACAAGGAAAAGCACGGCAGCAAGCGAUCCAGCUCGAAGAAGGAUUUGAAACAGAAAAAGGGCUCGGACUCUGAUAGUUGGAGAAAGAAGAGCAAAAAACGUUCCAGUAGGAAACGUCGCAGAUCUCGAGAUGAUGGAAAGUCUAAGGAGAGUCCGUCGGUGAGGACGGACGAGAAGAGCAACGGUGAGGGCCGGCAGAAGAAAAAGAAACGUAGCAAGGAGAGAAAGAGAAAGCGGAGCAAGGAAAAGUCGCGUCGCAAGGGCAGCCGCUCAGAGCGCCGCAGGAGCGACAGUUCGCGCAAGAGCAGCAGCAGCGGCGGCGAGCAGAAUUCUUGCAGUCCGAAGCUGGUCUCGAAGGGCGAGGAAGCCGAAAAGAAUGAGGUUCAGCUGGUCACCAUUAGCGAUAGUCAUGUUGUGCCACUGAACGUGAUCAAACUAAAUUAUUCCUCUGAAAACGACAAUAUUGACGACCUGCCCGAGAAGACGGAGAUCCCGCUGCCCGCGGAAGAAGCCGUCGACAGGGGCAAAAGAGUGGAGACUGUCAGGAAGGGAAAGGUGCCUGAGAUCGCACCCUUCCGCAUCGAGCCCAAGAACAACCCGCUUCGGCCCCUGGAGAAACUGGCCAGGCCUUUUUUGUCACCGUUCAAAAAGCUGCCCAUCGAAGUGAAAACACUUUCCUUUGUCCCGAAACCCAGCGAGAUUGAGCCUACCAUCGAAGCUGCCAAGCCUGCCCCGAUCCUGGUACCUGACGAGGACGAGAAAACGUUAGACGUGGUCAAAGCAGCGGUGGAAGAGACACAACAACCUGAAGUGAGGAAAGAGGCUGAGCAGUGGAGCUCUUCGGCGUCCUCCUCCUCGCGGUCUUCAAGGGCUGGCAGUGUAUGUAGCACAUGCAGUUCAGACGAAUCUGGCAAGUAUGAUUCGCGAUAUAGUAAGAGGCGGUACACGUCUGGUUCGCCAUCGUCACGAUCGUCAUCCAGCUCGCACCGCUCCCGCAGCCGAUCUCCGUCGAUUCCUCGACGCAGAGGCUCGCCGAGUUUUUUGGAACGUCGCCGCAUCACCAGUGCUCGCAAGAGGCCGAUUCCGUAUCAUCGUUCGUCACCGAUGUCGUCGUCCUCCGAGAGCCGCAGGUACAGCGACAACGGCUACAGCUCCAGUGAUAACGACGACUCGCGCUCGUCCAGCUAUUCGGGCAAGAGCUGGUCCAGGAGUCGCAGUAGAAGCGCCAGCCCAGACUACAGCUGCUAUCCUUAAUUAUCUUUGUUGCAGAGUGUGUUUCCCUCGACAAAACUUUUCAUUUUCUGCUCCAGUAUUUUUAACUAUUUAGUUAAUUCAAUUCGCUGGCAUACUAUUUUGGAUACUUAAAGAUGUUUCUAAAGACAUUUCUAUCAUAAAGAUUUUAUCAAGUUACGAUUGCAGCAUUGAAUAUCAAUAUCUACUUUGGAAAUACACUCUGAUGCGUACGAUCUCACCGCGCAUUCCAUUCAGAACGAGAUUUGACGUUGUAAAUUUCAGAAUGAGCACUGAUCGAGUUUGACUGCUGAUAUUUAGAAAGUGAUUGCUGUUAUUUGCCCCCUGUUAGAGGUACCAAAAACGGAAAAAUCUCCUAGGCAAACGUGAUGCAUUCAAAUUAUAUUAAUGACCGCUGAUCUCUCAACAUUGAUAUUGUACACUUGACAAAAGUUUGUCUAGUCGGCUGAUUUUCGCCAACAUACAUUCUAAUCGUGUUAUUUUAUUUCAAUUUAUCAUUCCAGUUUAUUCCUGGAAAUUUGUGAUUAUUUGUGGCAAUUUUAAAAUACUCCCUUUAAAAUAGAUUGUCUUAAUUCCAAUCGUUGUUGAUAUUUUUAUUUAUUGCAAACGUAUUUUUUGGAUUUGAUUUACAUUGUAAUUAUGUAGUGGCAACUGUAGUGAGUAUAAAGAAAUAAUAAACAUUCCUGUUGUGUGUUAACAUUCGAAUCGAAA